UCACUACACACCCCUCGCCGAAAGAGCCCUUCGUCACUAGUACUACUAGAACACUGGGCUGGCCGCCCCAUCCAGCUUCUUAUUCCACUCCAAAGGUUAUUUCCACUUCUUUCUAUCCCUCCCCUGUUUUCCUCACCCUGCUUUCUCAUCUCGUCAUCUUCCUGUUUGUAUGAACUAGGCUGCCCCUUUACCAGCUCGGAUCUCGUUGCACUGGAGCUUCCACUCCACGCAAUAUCAACAUCUUUCCUCCUCCACUGCGUUUACUUUUUCCAUCCACUGUCCUCACCCUCACCCUCCUUCAACUUAUAUGAGGAUGCUUACCAUCAACAAAUCAGCUCAGUACGGCUACAGGUCGGUCCAUGAUUUACCAACACCACCGAGCACAUCACGGCCUUCUCCCCCCUUGAUAUCCCAAGAGUUUGGUCACAGGACCUUUCCGGCCAUCACACACAGCGGCAACCAAUCCAGUCAAUCCAUGUCUGCGCCUCACCGUGGCUUGCCCCUGCCGGCGGCCAUGAACCCAGUUCCGCCGCCUCCUGGUCCGGGACUCGUCCAACAACCUCCGCCACCCGUCCCCAGCUUGUUAGGACACGCUCACCCGCCACCUGCACCUUCGCAAGGUCAGUCCUUGGGACAGAUUCCAGCACCGCCGUCGUGGCAACAUGGGAACGAGGAGUCGAUGCGAGUGUGGCUCAUGGCCAAGGCUGAGGAAGAGAAGCGGAAGCAGGAAGAGGAGAAAACACGGCAGGAAAGCUUCCGCCUGGAGCAACGCAAAACGGAGUUCAACAUCUUGAGAGAGUCACUUCAAGGUGGAGUUCCACCGGCCAUGGUACCAGUGGUCUUCGCGGGGAUGAGUGGGGGAGCCCUUCCGCAGGCCGCCCUGGACUGGGCACAGCAGUACAUCUACUCGCAGUCUCACCAGUCCCAUCCACAGGCUUUGUUACCGCCGGGGCCUAUCUCACCCCAACAUCAAAGGCGAGAAUCUCAACCCCACAGCUACGCGUACUAUCCGGGCUCGGGAGGGGUUCCCUCAACUCCAGGCUCUGCCCAGGGUCAUGGAGGCGGGUACAUGUCUGGCUAUCCGGGCUCUCCACAGACUCGUCCGAGAGGGCAAAGUGUUCCUGGGCCUAUGGCAGGCCGCCUCCAUGGAGGAAUGGCCAAUCUUCCAAACCUCAACACCAACAUUUCUGGGGGCCAUGGAGGUUCCGCAGCCGCUCAUCCGGCGAUUGCCCAAUCCCAGCAGCAACAGGAGCCUCAACAAUCACCCUCGAUACUUUUCCAUCACUGGACACCACCGACGAGUCAGGCAGGAGGACGGGGCGGGGCUGACCAGCCUGCAACACCUUCAGGAGAGUCGCCGAGGAAGAGGAAAGCUACGGGCCCGCAGACGGCAGCACCGCCACCAAGCAGCUCACAGCGGUUUCGGUCCCCGACUUUUUCACAUAGUGGUGCUCCGUUGUCGAACCCGCCGGCUGGGCGUAAGAGAGGUCAUUCUCGCCAGCGGAGUGACAUAGGGUCAUACCGUGGAGCUGUUCGAGGGCGUGGAGACGGUUAUGUGCCAUCACCACAGGAUGCACCCAAAGACAGCGGCGAGUCUUUGGCUGCGCAGCAUCAACACCAACAGCAUUCACAGCACCAUCAACACCAACACGGACAGGGGCAUACGCAGUCCUCGCAGGCCCAACAGACAGCUCCGACAGUGACACGUAGCGCGCACUCGGUUUCGUCACUGUUGUCGGAUCAUCCACAAUCACCUCGGCCCGGGCAGUUCUCAGAAAGAGGCCGAUCCUCCGAGGAGAAAGUGCGCGGUGGUGCAGUUGGUGGAUCAUCGGCCACGCGAGACAGAGAUAACGACUGAACCUUAAUUUCUUCCGUGUUUCAGCCUCCAAAUCCCGGGCUCAAGGUACUGCGGUGACAAUGAAGGGCUGUCCCAACAACGACCAGUCAUCGAGCAGGGCGUCUUGGCGGACGUGUACCCUUGCGAUAUCCGGACCCCAUGGAACGGACAAGCUAGGAUUGGGAUCAAACCGUGCCUUGAUCAGGAAAAGGCUGCUAUGCC